UUGGUUAAGACCAAGAGCCUUAUCCUUUAUUCUUUAUGCAGUUUUAUUGGAAGUUAUUCAGUACUUUUUGAGGAACAGAAUUUUCAAUCUCAGGCAAACCCUGCGAAUCUGCCGGCUAUCGCCGCUGUUGACGCAGCAGCUUUCUUGAGGCGUUCCAAUCUUAGCGUGCAACAAUUAGGGCAGAUUUGGGAACUAGCAGAUUAUCAGAAGAAAGGAGUUCUGGAUAAGAACGGUUUCUUCAUAGCGUUAAAGCUCGUUGCUGCUGCUCAACAAGGUAGGCCUAUGUGGUCUCAUUUUGAAGAUCCCAAACGACUUCCUAUUUCUCCUGCUUCCAUAAGUAUUAACACUUUAAAACCUCCACAUUUCGAAGGAAUUCCUGACAAGAGCGCUGUUUCCAUGAGUAAUCCGCCGUGUCAUGACGGUUUAAAUCCAACGGGUUGGUGUAUUAGUGCUGCGGAUCAGGUUAAGUACGAUUCAAUAUUUGAUUCACUAUGUCCUGUGGAUGACAAACUCCCUGGUGUAAGAGUGAAACUGGUAUUACUAAACUCUGGGUUAAAUCCAGCGAUUCUGGCAAAAAUAUGGGAAUUAGCCGAUCAAGACAAGGACGGACAGCUGGAUAGAAUUGAGAUGGCGGUUGCAAUGCACCUAGUUUACAGGGCGCUGCAGGGUGAUCCAGUUCCUGCUGUUUUGCCCCAUUCUCUAAUACAUCCCUCAAAAGUUACUCUCACAAGACGCACAUCAACUUCAUCCAUGAACACUGGGAAUGCCCAUCCAAACAUCCCAAUGCCUCUUCAGAAUGAAAAUGUUUUAGGUUAUCGCUCACGAGCUGGGAGCAUGACUUCUCUUGAUAGUAUUGGACGUCCUCAUAUGAUGUCGCAUUUGGAAAAUAGAAGUGCUUCAGUGCAACCGAACUAUCCCGCUACUCCUGUGCGUGGAAUGGGUGCCCCUUUAUCCACUAGCAGCAAUACAUCGCUUGAAUGGCCUGUCGACCGAUUGUCCUCAGUAGGACAGUUUGCUGCUUGCGACACGGAUUCCGAUGGUUACGUCAACGGCAACGAUGUAAAACACGUACUUCUUGGGUCAGCUCAAAUUUGGGCACUUUGUGAUAUUAAUCGCACCGGAAAGCUCAACCAGGAACAGUUUGCUCUGAUCAAUCAUCUGGUCGUAAUGAGGAAACGUGGGGAGGAGUUGCCAUUAACAUUGCCUCCGUUUUUAAUACCUCCAUCACUUCGAGUAGUGCCGUUUAUCCGUUUUUCAGAACAGUUCUCUCUACCUUGCACUUUCUAUGCUUGUCAUUUAAGAGAGGCAGAUAUUCAAGUGUCGCAGCUUGAAGCUGAUAUGAAAGUAAAGGACAGCCAGAUCAAAAACCUUCAAGUUGAGUUGCAUACACUUGAGUUAACCGUUAAGCAGUUAGAGCGACAAAAAAUGGAGGCUAAUCGCCGUUUGGCUGAUCUAGAUGAUCAGAUUAAACAGCUGGAAUUGGCAUCUGUGGCCCAGGCAAGAAAAGCAGAAGAGGCUCAGACUAGACUGAAUCAACUCGUGGAAGACACUCAAAAGGAUGAAGCGUGUGCUGAAGUAUGUUUUGCAAUUAUUAGACGUUCUUAUGAUCGUAUAUCAUUUACAAAUUGGGCAGUUAAUAAAGAUCUCAGUAGUAGAAAAAAAGUAUCUCGAUUUGGUGGAAGGAAGGGAAACGCAGUUCUUGAGAGUUGCACCAGCAACGUAGCAACAGUGUCAAACACAAUACAGUGUUUCUUUAACGUUUUACAAGAAGCACUGUUAUGCAGUUAA